GACUCGAGUGAAGGAUGUGCAUUAUAUCGAGCGCCGAUUGAGUGCCAGGUUUCGCAAUAACACAAAGUUCAAGUUCUCAGACUUUAAUAUGCAUGUCACUAUAUGAACGCAAAUAUAACCCGACAAGUCAUGCUGCAUGGCUGUUAGUUUUACAUAUCAUUUGAAGUGGCCAUGCUGAAUGGAAUUACAACACGUGAAUUUUUGAAAGAACACAGAAGUCCGUUUCGUUUCUGCAGCCUCGUCGCAGGCUAUCACAACUAUUGAAACACAACCAGCAAUAGGCCAAAUACUAGGUUGAUUUCUAGUUCCUUGGAUUUCUAGGAUCGCUUGAUCGAGCGAUCAUGUUAUGUUGCUUGGAGUAGAAGACGAUACACCUAAAAGUGAUUAUAGUAAUUGUGCCUCGUAGGCCGGCUCGUACGUAGAAUAGCUCGAAGUCUGUAUCAUCGUCAAUAAAACCAUGGGAAUUUUCAGCUUGUUGAGUGGAUUCUUGUCAAUGACCACCGUCUAUCUCGUGGUAGCCUUGAUCGUCAUCUUCUUUGCGUAUGAUUUCUGGACGCACACGUAUUUCAAGAGGCGAGGAAUUCCAGGACCGCCCCCAAAACCGAUAUUUGGAAAUGCGUUGGAUUUCAGUAGACCCAGCUGUGAAGUAUUGGAGGAGUACGGGAAAAGAUAUGGCACUAUUUUUGGUGUCUAUCUGUGGAGGAAACCUAUUAUCGUGAUCACUGAUGUCGACGUGUUGCGUAAUGUCAUGAUCAAGGACUACCAUCGAUUCUACAAUAAAUACCCUAUGCCGAUGAAAUCAGGGGUAUUUGAUCUCGCACUAUUCCAGCUCAGAGAUUCGCAAUGGAAGAGAAUUAGGGAUAUUAUGACCCCAACCUUCACUGGGAAGAAAAUGAAAAUGAUGUCAGAUACAAUCAACAGUUGUGCAGACACAAUGGUAGAGAAACUCCGACAAUCUUGCGAGAAAGAUGGGAAUAUUGAUACGGUAGAUUUGUUUGGAAGUUUCAUCAUGGAUAACGUAGCAAGCUGCGGGUUUGGUUUGAAAGUCAACUCCCAGAAGGACAAGGCCGAUCCCUUCGUCGAGCACGUGGCUCGGUUCUUCAAAGUGUCCUUCACAUCGCCUGCCUUCAUGGCUGUCUCAUUCAUGCCGGUUCUGAAGCACGUCUUCAGAUUUCUAAAUAUCACUCUGUUCCCCAAGGACGUCAUCGAUUUCUUCUCUGACGUCACAGAAAAGGCGGUAGCUCUGAGGGAAAACAAUCCAAUGGAAAAGGGAGUGGAUUUUCUUCAGCUUCUCAUCGAUGCCAAAAAUGGCCAAGACGAAACGGCGAAUGAAAACGAUGAUGACGACAUCCACAACAAAUACUUCAAAAAUGCCGGGCCAGAUGAUGAUCUCCCGAGCAAGACCCAGAAAUACAUAACGAGAGAGGAAAUGCUAGGACAGUCCAUCAUAUUCAUUGCCGCGGGCUACGAAACAACUUCAGCAUUACUGACUAUGACCUCCUACCUCCUUGCUACCAACCCCGAUCACCAAGACAAACUCAUCGCCGAGGUCGACGAAGUCGCACCAAGACGCGACGACGUCAGCUACUCCAGCAUCUCCAAGAUGCCCUACCUAGAUCAGGUUAUUUGUGAGGCUCUCAGGAUCUACCCGCCUGCUACACUAACCGAUCGUGAGUGUGGGGAGACCUGUGUCUACAAUGGUUUUACGAUUGAGAAGGGGUCUCAUAUAUGGAUACCACCCUACAGCAUUCAUCGUGAUCCGGAUCACUGGCCUAAUCCAACCAAGUUUGAUCCAGACAGAUUUACCAAGGAGAAUCGUGAGGGCCGGAACCCCUUUACAUGGAUCCCAUUUGGUGCUGGACCUCGCAUAUGUAUUGGUAUGAGGUUUGCCAUGAUGGAAGCCAAGAUGGCCCUUGUCCGAUCAUUACAGGUUGUUCGUUUCGAGGUCUCACCUUUAACGAAGAUACCACCGGAGGUCGGCCAAGCUACGAUACUUAACCCUAACGAUAGCUAUGUUUUAAAGGUCGUACAACGGUAUUAAUGGGAGGGAGGGGGUGGCAAAUUAGGAUCUGUCGCCCACACCAUUUCAUGAUGCUUUAGCAACAAAUAUCAAUUGAAAUUAAUGGAAAGCGACUGGGUCACUUUCUUGAUAACUUUUGAGGGGAUCGGUAGUCUGCUACACCCAAAUUAAAUUAAAUUGUUGCCUUUUGAACACAAUUGUGCUUACCCACACAAACGGAAGAUGAACCAUGUCAAUAUUAGAAUUGUUUACAUAAAAAAAAUCAUGAGUGAAAUAAACACCUCGAAUCCUA